AAAGCAUCAUUGACAAGAUGACACUUGACACCGACAGAUAACGAGAGAGAAGAGAAGGAUAAAGAAAGGAUAUAAUGUUUUGGUUGCCAUGUUGUUGAUAUGCAGCGUUAGGACAUAGAUAACGAUGGCACUUUGGGCUAAAGCACAACAGCUCCCACCAGGGAGUCUGCAACAGAUAUAUGGUGAUAUAUUUCCUAUUGAAGUUAGGCACUACCUAGCUCAGUAUAUUGAAGAAAAAUUCUGGUGUGAUAUUGAUCCACAACCAGAUAAUCCCCAACAUGAACAAUACAUUGCAAGUUUGAUCAACUCUCUGAUCAAAGAGAUAGAAAACAAAGCAUCAGUUGUAACUGAUUCAGAAUAUUUCCUUACCAAACUAAAACUUGCUGAAGCUGCAAAAUUAUUCAGAGAAAGAUACAGCUCGUGUCCCAUUCAACUUUUUACCCACAUCCGAAAUUGUCUAGCCGCUGAGAUGAGACUGGUUCAAGCUGCGGGCGUGGAUAGUCUUACAGGUUUACCCAAUCUGAUGAUAUCGAACAGUGGCGCAGAAGUCUUACAAAAAGUCAACGUACUAAGGAGUAGGACGCAGAGCACAGCAGAAGAUUUAAGGAAAAUGGAACAAGAAUUGGAAGCUUUUGCUCUACAGUACCAUGAAUGUCAAAAAAUUACAGCACACUUGCAACAGAUGACUACGCAACCUAAUGCUCAGAUGCCUACCAAUAAUGCUACGAAACUCCAAAAACAAAAAGAAUUACUAGAAGCAAAUCUCAACCAAAAGCUAGCCGCUUUGUUGCAGUUGAGGUUAGCGUUAGGUGAUAAAUUAAAAGAAACUUUUCAAUUACUGGCUCAGCUACAAACGCAUGUCUUGGACGAAGAACUUAUUAAAUGGAAACGAGAGCAGCAAUUGGCUGGAAAUGGAGCGCAUUUCAAUAGUACUUUAGAUUCUAUACAAGAAUGGUGUGAAAGUUUGGCUGAAUUAAUCUGGCUCAAUCGACAACAAACUAAAGAGGUUGAAAGGUUGAAGCAGAGGGUACCUAUGGUAGAUCCGCCUGUAGUAGCUGAUGUGCUACCACAUCUAGUCCAGGAGUUUACACAGUUGCUAUCAACGCUAGUUACCUCGACUUUUAUCAUCGAAAAACAACCACCACAAGUUAUGAAAACAAAUACACGAUUUACGGCUACCGUUCGUCUUCUUGUCGGCGGAAAAUUGAACGUUCACAUGACGCCUCCGCAAGUUAAAGUGACGAUCAUAUCAGAAUCGCAAGCAAAUAUGCUGUUAAAGAAUGACAAAUUGGGCAAAAGCGGCGAGAGUUCGGGAGAAAUUUUGAAUAAUACAGGCACAAUGGAAUACCAACAAAACUCCAGACAGCUCUCAGUUAGUUUUAGAAAUAUGCAACUGAAGAAGAUCAAAAGAGCCGAGAAGAAAGGAACGGAGAGUGUAAUGGACGAAAAAUUCUCUCUACUCUUCCAGUCACAAUUUAGUGUCGGAGGAGGAGAGUUGAUGUUCCAGGUAUGGACACUGAGUUUACCAGUUGUAGUAAUUGUGCACGGUAACCAGGAACCACACGCGUGGGCAACUGUCACUUGGGAUAAUGCUUUCAGUGAACCUGGACGCGUACCUUUUGCUGUACCUGAGAAAGUGCAAUGGAACAAAGUAGCAGAAACACUAUCCCUUAAAUUUCGAGCCGCCACCGGAAGGGGUCUAACGGAGGACAACUUACGAUUUUUGGCAGAAAAAGCCUUCAGAGGAAAUUACAACGAAUCGACGAAUUCUAUGCUAAGCUGGUCGCAGUUUUGCAAAGAACCAUUGAGCGAAAGGAAUUUUACAUUCUGGGAAUGGUUUUACGCCAUCAUGAAACUUACCAGGGAGCAUCUAAGAGGACCAUGGGUUGAUGGUGCCAUCAUGGGCUUCGUCAGAAAAAGGCAAGCUGAGGAGAUGCUCUCUUCUUGUGUAUGUGGCACGUUUUUGUUAAGGUUUUCGGAUAGUGAGUUAGGAGGUAUAACGAUCGCAUGGGUUUCUGAUACUGGCGAAGUUUUCAGUUUACAACCUUUCACAUCCAAAGAUUUUGCCAUUAGGUCACUUGCCGACCGCGUAGCAGAUUUAAAUCAUCUGGUUUAUUUGUAUCCAGACAUAUCCAAAGAAAUUCCCUUUGGAAAAUACUACACACCAUAUCAAGAUAACCCUCCUUCGGCCAACAAUGGUUAUGUACGGCCACAGCUAGUGACGCAGAUCCCGGGCUUUACUGGUGGCCACAGUUCUUUCCCCAAUACACCACACCAUGAUCCCACUCGUGAUACACCGUCCGUUGUUAGUUGCGCUGGUUCGGUGGCUACGACGGUCAACACCAACAUGGGCGGUCCCAUGGAGUAUCUCGAUCAGUUGGACGAUUUGAAUGUUUUGGUCAAUUUUGAAAUGAUGAGCUACAAGCAGUGAAGACGAAGAGUACAACUACUGUGAAACUAUUUUGUUUGUUUUUAAAUGGCCAUCCACUUUUUAUUGAUGUUAAGGUAGGAUGUUUUUGUUUUUUAUUUUUAUUUAUUAGGACAGUCCCUGGAGAUUUAUAUAGAAGCGGGUUAAUUUUUGUUUUUUUUACUGUACGAAUUUCACUGUACAGAAGGCAAUACAAAUCUGUGAUAACUCUCAAAUACAAACUUGAAAAAACUUAUUUCAUUAAGUUGUUAAUCUGUGCAAUACUUAACAACAUUAAGCUCAAAAAUGAUUGUCAGAGUUUCACAAUUUCUUACCGCAGUAAUUUAAGAACUUUUUCAACUUCUUUAUCCGUUAGAAAAGCAAUUUAGUUCUACCUCAUCAAUAUAGUUUGCGUUUAGGCUGUGAUCUAAUAUGUUAUAAUAAAAGAGUGAGCUAUUUUUUCAAUUUAGGGACAGGAAAUAGUCACUCGGUGCUAAAUCUGUCAAAUACCGUCGAUGAACAAUCAAUUCGUAACCAGUUGGUAUAAUUUCGCUUGUGAAGGGAUCUAUGCUAUCCUUUGUAUUUCAGUUGUCUGAUUAUCUCGGCCUAAGCGAAUCUCAUGCCCUAGGCCCUAGAUGCCUAGAUAUUUGUAAGCUAGUAAUUGGUCGAGAUUAUAUCUUUCAAUCUGAAUUUAUCGCUGACUACAAUGUUGGUCAUAUAUUUUGUCUUUGAGGUGUUAAUUUUAAGACCAACUGGUUUUUACUCUUCAUAGAACCAGUUUCCAGCAUUGUAGCUUUAUCAACUCGUAUCAGAUAUUAAAACAAUGUCAUCGGCAAAUGUUAGGUAGUUGAGAUACUCUCAAGCUGUACCAGUUUCAUAGAUACUCUUAAUCAAGGCAAUAUUUUGGUCAAUGAGGCAUUCAGUCAAUGCUCGAAGCAUUUUAUGAUGAUCUAUCUAUAGUAACGUCUUUUCAUAGUCCACGACUAAAAGAAAGAUAGGCUUGUAUUCUAUGCACUUUUCUAUUGGCGUUUUAAUAACUUAUAGAUCAUCAUUUGUACCGUAUAUGGAGCGGAACCCAGCCUGUUCGCAAUGUUGGUAAAUAUCCAGUUGGUUCACAAGCCGUUUUGAUAUUAUCUUCAUGAAUGUUUUGUAUGUAUCGGAGUGUAAACUAACAGGUCUGUAGUUCUUUAGGUCUGAAAUGUCACCUUUUUUGUGCAUUAUCGUUAUUAUUGCAUCAUUCCAUUGGGAUAAACGCCUCUUGUUAAACAAAUAUUGAACAUCUUUUUAACGCACUUAUUAACAUUUCUCCUCUUUCUUUGAUUUGUUCUAUGACUAUCCCAUCUUCUCCAGGUGGUUUAUUGUUUUUCGUCUCAGAGAGAGCUCCUUUUAUUUCCUCUGUUGUUGUCUCUAAAAUUCAAACUCGGACAAUCAUUUGCUAAUUGUGGUUUAAUUAAAAAUUAAUUGGCGAUACGCAGUCGAAUCACUAAUAAAACAUAUCAAUAUUUGACAAUAUGCAAAAACGUUGCUUAAAAUGUUAAAAAUUAACUGUAAGUACAUUUUAUUGGAAAACGCCUUCUGUAAAAUGAAAAUCUCAUUUAAAAGAAAAAAAAGUAUUUUUUAUUACUUUUUUGUGUCUCUCGGGACUGAGUUAUUUUGUAUAGUAUAUUGUACAUUAUGAUUUUAUCGCAAGGUUUAGAUUAACCAUUGUUUAUAUUAAAUAUGGUUACAGUUUUUUAAUUAGAUUACCUAGAUAUUUUAUUGCGUUUUUUUGGACGAUUGUGUUUUGUGUUGCAAGGUUUUUCCUUUAACCUAUUCGCUGCCGAUAACGCGCCAGCGCGUGGCAAGCGCGUGGUAUGAUUGCUUCAGUCAGGUGCCGUUCAACAAAAUGGCCCCUAGCUGACUUCCAUCCUCUUAGAUAGGCAGCGAAUGGGUUAAAAUAAUGUGAGUGUAUAUUAUUCCUUUUUGUUUUAUGAAACUGAUGAUAUUUAUCUUUUUAUAAAACUGCUCCUUUUAGUAGGAUUGUGAGUUUUGACAAAUUAUACAGAGCGCGCAUAAAGUAUGGAAACAAAGAUAUCUGUACACCCCAUAUGAUAUAGUAAGAAUAUAUUGGUUAUGUAUAUUCGAUGAACCAGCGAUUUAGAGUUUUAUAUUUUUGAGGUUGCCAAAUGUACAGUUUCUGAGAUAUACGGAUAAUAUGCGUAUUUUUAAAUGAAACAUUACAAUCUUUUGUUACAAUUCUAAUCCUAAUCAGACAUUAGGAUUGUAAUUAAUAUUGCUGUAUAAACAGAUAGGUGUUCAAUAUGAUAUCCUUGUCUUUGGAAACAGAAAUCCAUUCUGAAUGAAAAUUCAUCUAAGAGUUUUCUAAUCUUGUCCGGAGAAACGACUGCUAUAUCUUCUGUAAUUCUAUCUUUUAGUUCUUGUCCUAUCUGCACACACUUUGCUUUUUAAAAAACCCCAUAAAAAUAUACUUCUUCUUCUUCAGAUGCAAACCCACUAAUGGAUGUUAGCGAUCACAUUUUCCAUUAACUCUCUGUUUCUUGCAAUGUGUAUCAAAGAUUGUAUGUCGUUAAUCCCUGUCCAUUACCUUAUGUUUCGGAGCCAGGACAUUUUCUUGCGUCCUAUUCCUCUUUUGCCUUCAAUUUUACCCUCGAUUAUAAGUUGAAGGAAUUGCUAUUUUUCGUUUCGCAUGAUGUGACCCCGAUACGCCGUUUUUCAUUUCUUGAUGGUUUCGAAAAGUUGGCGUCUUUUUUAAGGACACCUACAUUUGUGACUUUCGUCGUCCAUGGUAUCUUUCGGAUACGGCGAUAAAGCCACAUUUCGAAGGCUUCUAAUCUGGUUAUAUCCCUCGUUUUGAUUGUCCAGCCAUCUGGUUGAGAAAGGGCGUAGUUAAGAAUAGAUCGAAGGACCAGCAGCCAUGGGCUGGAAAGAAAAGCGGUUUACAAGUAACAAAUUUUAUUGUAUGAAGAAUGGUGAAUAAAAAACUAGGAUGGUAAAGUACGUAUAACUGACGUAUGACACUGACGUACGUAUAACACUGACGUUGGACUGUCACUUCACUUCACUGUAUAACUACUACAACAAUAAGGUUUGCUGCGUACAAGAAUGUUCUAGGCUACGAGUAAUACUGGCAACAUUGCUGUUGCGAUAUUUUUAGCGGCAAGAAGAUUGCGAUAUUAAGCGACUGGCGACUGUUCUUUCUGAGGACUGAUAGCGAACUGGUCUGUUGAAACUAGAAAAGCGCGGUAGACCUUUCGUUUUGGCGGCUUUUUAAGCGACCGGUUAGUUCAUUCCUGAGAUUUAGGAUUGGUUUGUGUAACGAACAUUAUUUGUAUACAGGGUGAAACGUUACUUCACCACCAUCUAUGCCAUAUAGCAGCACUGACCAUACGUAGCACUUAGUAAACCUUAGUCUCAGUUGAAGAUCAAACUCUGAACAGGUCAGUACCUUCCUGAAUUUUACGAAAGCUGGUCUAGUUUGCUCAAUGCGACAUUUUACUUCCCUGUUCGAUACCCAGUCUUCAAAAAGCCACGUUCCCAGGUAUUUCAAUUUACUCACUCUUUCAAUGGACUUGGUAUUCAGUGUUAUGGUGGAGUUUUCAAGUGCAUCCAAGUUUCUGGAGAUGCUCAUUAAUUUGGUCUUUUUGGUAUUAAUCUCUGAUCCCAUUUGCUUACUGUAUUCUCCGAUUAUGGUGACAAGUUGUUGAACAUGUAUGUUGUCACAAAUUAAGACACCAUCAUCAGCAUAUCGUAUGUUGUUGAUCAAUACUUUGAUUCCCUUCACUUUGUUUCCCAUCUCUACAUCUUCCAAAGACUCGUGAAAUAUGGCUUGCGAAUAAAUGUUAAAUAAAAGAGGGGAAAGCACAGAUCCCCGUCGAACCCAUGGUUGAAUGGAUGUAUGGGUUUGGAUAUAGAAUUGUCUAUUUUUAAUUAUGCCGUUUGAUACCAGUACAAGUUUUCAAUGCAUAUUAUGUCUUUUUGGUCUAUAUCAAGUUUAUUGAGGAUCUGCAUUCACUUGUGGUAUUGGACACGAUCAAACGCUUUUUCGUAAUCUAAAAAGCAUAUGAACACGUCCUUCCUCUGAUCGUAACAAUUUUGGACCAGCACCUGUAUUGCUACUAUUGCUUCUCUUGUUCCUAAACCUUGCCUAAACCCGAACUGAGAAGCACUGAUGGCCCAUUCACAUUUUUUGUAUAAUCGGUUUUAAUUUUGUUUAAUAAAAAUAUACGGGCGGUCCUAUUUAAAAAUACGCAGAUUAUCCGUAUACCUCAGAAACUGUAUAUUUGACAACGUCAAAAAUAUAAAAUUUUAAAUCGCUGGUCCAUCUAAUAUACAUAACCAAAACCAACAUUUUGUUAGUAUAUCAUACAGGGUGUCACAUAUACCUUUAUGCUUCCAUAUUUUACACGCGCACUAAAGGAGUAGUCGGUUUUAGAUAGUACACAAUUUUAUUUGUACAUAUAACUUGAACAAAACUAUUUUAGUUACACGUACGUUGUUUAGAUGGCAUCUCAAUAUUUUAUUUUGGACAACACAAGCACAAUCUCCAAAUCGUUCAAAAGUUUGCCAUAUUACCUUUUGUAAUACAUUAACAUUUUUGAUAUUUUGUAGUUCUGAUACAAACAUAGAGAUGGAGAAAUUAUUAUGUUUAAUACAUUCUUAUAAUAAGACUACACAAAGAAAAAUUGAUUUUUAAACGUGUAUGAUAUAUAAUUGAUAUAAAACUACUAUAAUAUGCUAUAGUAUCCUCUAUUUACCUGUGCAAUGUUGAAAAAGCGUGUGGCAAGAUGCGACAUGUUCUAAAAGGAACGCUACCGAUUUGCUUGAAGAAAAAAGUUUAGAACCAAUGCGUACUGCCAGUAAUAACAUAUGAUUCCGAAACCAUAACUUUGACUAAACAUUCUGCAAAUAAAUUGAGAAUAACCCAAAGAAAAAUGGAAAGAGCAAUGUUGGGAAUAACAAGAAGAGAUAUGGUACCAAAUAGCAUAGUGAAAGAGAUGACCAAAGUGACAGAUGUCAUAGAAAAAAUUGCACAAGCCAAAUGGAGAUGAGCUGGACAUGUAGCACGUUUAAAUGGUAGUAGUUGUACCAAAAGACUCAUAGAAUGGAGACCUAGGGAAGAUAAAAGACACCGAGGUAGACCACCAAAAAGAUGGAUAGAUGACUCGAGAAAAACAGUUGGAAAUUGGAUACAGAAGGCACGAGAUAAAGAACAAUGGAGGAGACCUAUAUCCAACAGUGGAUGCAAGAGGUUGAGAAAUGAUGUUGAAAAAGCGCUUGUGUAGUGAAUAGGACAUUUCUUGUUUCAAGACCUGGUCCUAGUCUCUUUAAGCAUUUCUCUCUAGUCGUUUCUAGCCAUCGUAUUCAUUUGCCAAGCACGUAUUCCCUUAUUUCUCAUGUCUUCAUGGACGUUAUCAAUGACUCUUCUUCUGGGUCUUCCCAUUUAUUCUCUAGCCAAUGGGUCUAACAAGGACCGUCUCCUUGGGGCAGCCCGUUAUUUGUUUUAAGAGGUUCAGACAGUUCCCCUGUAUUCGUCCUCUAUAUUCAACUUUUUCGAAAGUUAGUUUUGCUAAAAUUUUGGGUCGUAGACUGCCUUGUAGUAUAUAAAUAUGUGGUAAUAUUUACGCCGCAUUCCACUGUUUUUUCAAAAAUUUGUCUCAGGGGUGCAAUCUGAUGAAUUGUGCGAUUUACCCCCUCUGAGACCAGCCUGGUAUUUUCCUAUUAUUCGUUAAACAUAUGGUGUGCUCUAGCAAGGUGUUAUUCCAGGUGAUGUUGAGUUUCCUUUUGGCCAGUACGGACUGAAGGUGGAAAGCGCUGACCUGAGUUUUGGUUGGAUUUGGUUUUUGCAAUUUUUUUAAAUAACUAGACAUAAAAUUCAGAGCUACUUCCAAUUUUUGUUCGCUCUCUCCAAAGCUUGACCCUUGGGCUAUGACGCCUAAGUCGUCUGCGUAUAAGAAGUUCCUAGUAAAAUUUGGCGUUGGUUGAUCAUUGGUGUAUAUGUAGGUUGAAAAGCGUAGCUGCUAGUAGGCUACCCUGAGCCAAGCCGUUUGUUUGAGUACGCCAGAGACUUUUUCUAUCAAUAGUCUAUUUUGCAUUAGUGAUUUCACAUUUUGACGAGUUGGUAGUCCUUAAGAAUGGCUUUCUCAGGUUUCUGUGGUUUACGGUGUCGUACCUGACGUUUAGGUCCACGAGAGCUAGGUCUAUUUUUUAUGUGUGGUAUUAUGUUGGCUGUUGAAGAGUAACGUUCGAAGGCGCUUUGCUUACCUUUGUUUAGUUUUCUUGUCAGGUUCCAAGUAAUUUUGUUGAUGUGAGACAUUUCCUAAGCUCGAUGGUUUCUAUCCAUUUCUUCUGUCUAGCUUCGCUCAGUGCUGUCAUAGUGGCGUUGCCACAGUCCAUUAUUUGACUUAUGAUGAAUUGUUUCCUGCAGCUUCUUGAUAUUGCUAACAUCUGCAAGAUUUGUAUGAAGGUUAGGUAGUUUUCAGGGGUUGGACCUAGGCUUCGAGUUCAGUAUCCAGUAGUCCCCAAUACAGUUGGCCUUUUUGAAGUUGGACAAACGGCCAGGCUGUAACAUACAGUAAAUCCAAUUUAUCUGCAACCGCCAAGAGAAGAGAAGACAGACGUUCGUUAGUGCGAUGCAAGUGAUCUUGAGGGUUUUUGUUAAAUCUGUUGAGGUAUACAUUACAUAAAAAUAGUUUAGAAACGAUUGUACACUUAGAGAGAAAAUUCUUACCAAUAUGUACAAGUAAAAAAUAAUGUUUGUAAUAUAUACGUCACGAUUAGAAAUCAAUUUUUUUAUUUAUGAAUAUUUUGAGUACAAACUUAGUGUCAUCAUCAAAGGAGUGCAAUAUACUCGUCAAUUUGUUGUAUAAUUUCAUUAUUACUUCAAUUGUUCAUGGUGCUUUAGUAUUGUAGAUUUGUAAUAUUUGUUACAUAUAUUUUAACACGAACCUUUUUUGUUGUAAUUUUAUAGAGUACGUUAUAGACCGAGAGACGGCGAGUAUUUCCGUAUAGGCCGAGAGCUUUCGUACGAAUCGAAUACUUUGGCGUUUUUCAGGUCUAUUGUUUUUGGUUAUAGCUGAUAUAUGUAAUCCUCUAUUUUUAGAAAGAUAUAUGCUUUAUUGCACUUUUUAUAAAAGUUACGACAAUCUCGACUAUCUAUAAAUUUUACGUUUGGUAAACUAUCGCAAUUGUCAAAUGAAUAUUUUUAGAAAUCAACGAAAAAUGUUAAAUAUUUGUUACAAAAUCCUAUAAUACGGUAAAGAGAUAUUUUUGGCUAUAUUCUAAUUCGCGUAGAGUGGUAGUCUGUGUAAGAAAAUUCUAAACUGUCGAUAUACGUAUAUUCUAAAUUGUGGAUAUUAAAAAGCUAACAUACAGGGUAAUUCAGUAAUAAUGUCAAUGUCAAUCUCUGAGUUGUAGAUUCUAGACCUGAAAAUAUAUUGAUUCUGCCCAACAUGCCUUAUACAAAUAUUGCUAGUUUCCGAAAUAUCUAAGUAGUGUUUAAAGUUUAAAUAUGAAUUUUAAUUUUCUAUGGGUAAAAUAAUAAAAAAAUAUGAAGACCGUUAAAUUAUACUUCUAAAAAAGUUAGUUUUGUUUGAUUCAUGUAAUUCGAUCGGUUAUCAAGUUAUUUGGUUCUAAAAAGCCCAAUGAAUUUUAAUUUUAUGGAAAUCUUCAAAAUGUCCACCAUUUACUUCAAUAAACUUUAUGAUCCGGUUUCGCAAAGAUCUUUUAAAUCAUAUAACCCAUGACUAUUAUUUUUAAUCACAUUUGUGGCUUCUUCCUUUUUCUGUCACAAUUCUAAAAAAUUAAUUCUUUUUUUGUAAAUUGCCUGCAUUUGCGACCAAAUUAAAGAAUCCAAAGGAUUGAAAUCAGGACUCCUUGGUGGCCAAGCAAACUCACUUCCACGACCAUUCCAACCAAACCACAUGCUUUGGCUUAAGGUACGAGGUAUAUACUGUAGUAAUUCAUGUCCAUUUAAAUUGGUUGUUUGUAUAAGGCACUUUGGGCAGAAUCAUAAUAUUUUGAGGUGUAGAAUCUACAACUCUGAGAUUGGACAUUCUUAAUGAAUCUCCCUGUAUACGUGAGGAUUUCAUUUCUUGAUAUCUUGAGAUUAAUUUAUUUUGACUACAAUAGGGAGAUAUUUAAACGGCACAUAAUGUUGAUUAGUAUAAUAUUGUAAGUGCCUAGUAAUCAAUAGUUUGUUAUUGACAAUGAGGUAGUUUACCAACAUUUACUAUUUACGUUUAGAGAAUAAUUCGCCUAUUUUGUAAAAUGCGUCUUUAUUUCCCUUUCUUUAGAUGUAAUACUUCAAAUUACUGCCUGUUUAUUAUAAAAGUAACUAAGCAAUUUAAUUAAUUUUCAAAUUUAACACAGGACAUAGUUUUCAUCCGUAAAGUUGAAUAACACGCUUGAUAACAACAGUUUUUUUUAAUACUUCUCACUCUCUUCUCAUCGAUAGAAAAGGCAGGAAUGCAAAACGGUAUGAGAUAAUUGAAGCUAUUAGUGCAUGAAGGUGUCAAGUCAUUUUUUAACAAUUUUGAGAUAUCAAGAGUUAACACCUUCUUGCUCGGACUACUUUGGACAAAACUUAACUUUACGUGUUUUUAACAUUGGAUUUUAGGGUCUCUAGCGACAUUUAUGAACCAAAAUCUUUACUAACGCAAGAAAAUGAGUUAACACUUUCACGCAUACCAUUUUUGGCAUUUUUGAAAAAAAUGAGUUAGGUAGCACCUUCAGGCACUAAUAGCUUCAAUUGUGAAUGUCGGCUGAAUAUUAGCCAGGAUUAUUUGUGUUGAAAAAACCCUACACAGAAAGAAAUAAUAUCUUUCUUCUAUAUAAUAUUUAAAUGAAGUCGAAAAAGAAUUUAACUUACCCGACGAGGGUUUUUUCACUACUCAAUAACUUUUCAAAUAUGUACUCGCAAACUUUUUUUUAAUUUUAGGUGUUAGCACAUAUGCAUUUCUUUGACUAAAUCCAUAUUCAUUAAUCAAGUAUAUUCAAAUGGGAAAUAAGCCACAAUUUUACCUAAAAAUGAUUUUAUUAAUUUAUAUUAAUAAAAAGUUAUCUUAUUGAGUAUUAUAUAAAUUUAUACAUACAUACUGUUUAUAAUAAUGACAGUUUUAGAAAGCUUCACCGUUAUAUUUCUUUUUUUUAAUAAAUUUAAUAAAAUCAUUUUUAGGUAAAAUUGUGGCUUAUUUCCCAUUUGAAUAUACUUGAUUAUAAAAAUGCCACAAGAAAAUAGCUUCAGAACAACCAUAUUCAUUAGUUGAAACAUCAGUUGAAAAUUCAUUUCAGCAAACCGCUAGUUACUUUUACUGUAAACAGCAUGUAAUUUGUAUUAGUAUUAUUAGGGAAAGUUUAAUGGGAAUAUUACCAAAUUUUAGUGUCUUGGACAGUGUUACGAGCACAAAUAUUCGGAGAUGUAAGAAAAUUGGUCAUUCUUCUCUAAUCUAUUGGUAUAUAUGGGAAAGUUAUCUUAUUGAGUAUUAUAUAAAUUUAUACAUACAUACUGUUUAUAAUAAUGACAGUUUUAGAAAGCUUCACCGUUAUAUUUCUUUUUUUUUAAAUGGCAAAACCUGUCACCAACGUUUUAAUCUUAAAUUCUUAUCAAUGUUACUGUACAUGUAGAAAAUAUGAAAUUAGCUGGCUAAUUAAUUAAAACGGUAAAACAAUGAAAUGUUUAUGGUGGUAAAUAUAUAAAUCAUCAGUUGGCACAACUCAACACAAUUAUUAGCGCAAAAAAGGGACCACUUCUCGUUGCAGUGAAGAAAUGAUCCUUCGCAUUUCUGAGACACAGUUCCAAAAGCGUUAGAGGAAGCGUUGAGACACUAUUCCAAAUAGGAACUUAGAGAUUUACAGAUAAAACGAUUUAAAAACAAUGACGUGAUUUACCCAAGGCAUAUUGGGCUGAGAAAAUAAACAUUCCAAUUUUGUUUAUUCUUAUUCGAAGAUCCUUAAAUCCAAUUCGAAUGUUUAUAUAAAAUCUUAUACAGGGUGGAAGGAAAUAUGCUACAGCAUACUAUGUGUAGUAUGUAUAGUAACUUAUAAUAACCGCUCUUUAUAUUUAUUUUCUAUUAAAUUUUGAAAUGCAGAUAUUUUACUCGAUAAGAUAAUUAUAACCGAUUGUACCAUAGAAGAGAAAUCGCAGCUCUAGCAAACAGGAGAAUGGUAAAAGUAUAAUUAAGGGUGGUUCUUCAAACUACUGUACGUGUUAAAUCUUUCUUUGUCUUUCUGCACUCCACGGGCCGUAUUGAGCUGUACAUGUGUUAAUAAAAAUCAUAGAGGUAUAUAAGAAAGAUAAAGUGUUUGUUUUUCAUUUGAUGUUCAUUAUACGCCAUGAACUUUUUAAUUUGCAUUUUUCUUUCUAAAUUGAUCAUCGAAGAAUAUUUUAGAUAUAGAGUUUAAAAAUAAAAAAUUACAUUUGUAGUAAAGCACAAUAAAACAUAGUUAGACAUAAAAAUCUAUUGUAAUUGUUUGAAAUGGUGAAGCUCUGAUCAUGUAAUACGAAGUAAAUGAUAUUCUGAUAAGUUUAAAUAUAACUGGAACUGUAGAUGUGUUAACUUACUCCAUGGAGUUGCCAAAUGAUAUGACAUCUUGGUAGCAAAGCACUAGAGUCGUAUGCUCAUCCCGAGUGUCUGAAUCGUCUAAUACUGAUUGCCCUUGGCAUCUGCUCUCUAAAUCCUCAGUUAAUCCAACCAGCCUGUUAGUCCAUGUGGUGAGACCGCUCCCGUCUGAAAAAAAUUUCUGAUUCAGUUUCUUUGUGGAUUCCUAUUCAAAAAUGUCCCCUUUAAACAAAUCUGAAGGGUGCCGGGCGAAAUUUUUGGGCAGAAAUUGUUUAAACAAUUUUUUUAAACAAAUACAAAAGGUCAUGUUUUUUUCUCUGUAACAUAUAUUUUUAGAUUUUCUGGGUCAAUCUAAACAAGAAAGGUAUCUUGUAAUUUUUCUCAGAAAUUGAUAGUUUUGGAGUUAUAGGCGAUUUAAAAUCUGAAAAAUGCGAAAAUACGCAUUUUCGAGGCUUAAAAACUCAUUUAAAUUAGAAUUUUUGAGGUUGCCAGAUACUUAGAUUGAAGACUGAACAUUCAGCUUCAAGAUUCUGAAGAGUGAUCGCGUCUAACUUUAAUUUAUACCGUUGUUUUUUAAUUGUUAAAUAUGCGUGUUUAUCCGAUUUUUUGCCGGUGCGGCGCGCUCCAUUUCAAAAAUCUCCUAUUUUCCUCCGAAAAAUAUUUUUUCUAGAUUCUUUGGGAAGUUCUAAAUAAAAUAAGUUUCUUGACAUUUUUCUCAAAAGUUAAUAGUUUUUAAGUUAUAAGCGAUUUAAAAUCCGAAAAAUGACAAAAAACGCAUUUUUGGAUUUUAAAUCGCUUAUAACUUUAAAACUAUUAACUUUUGAGAAAAAUGUCAAGAAACUUAUUUUAUUUAGAAUGUUCCAAAGAAUCUAGAAAAAAUAUUUUUCGGAGGAAAAUAGGAGAUUUUUGAAAUGGAGCGCGACGCACCGGCAAAAUAAUCGGAUAAACACGCAUAUUUAACAAUUAAAAAACAACAGUACAAAUUAAAGUAAGACGCGAUCACUCUUCAGAAUCUGGAAGCUGAAUAUUUAGUCUUCAAUUUAAGUAUCUGGCAACCUCAAAAAUACUAAUUUGAAUACGAGUUUUUAAGCCUCGAAAAUGCGUAUUUUCGCAUUUUUCAGAUUUUAAAAUAACUCGAAAACUAUCAAUUUUUGAGAAAAUUUACAAGAUACCUUUCUUGUUCAGAAUGACCGACAAAACUUAAAAAUAUAUGUUCCGGAGCAAAAAACGUAAUCUUUUGUAUUUGUUUAAAAAAAUUGUUUAAACAAUUUCUGCCCAAAAAUUCCGCCCGGCACCCUUCAGAUUUGUUUAAAGGGGACAUUUUUGAAUAGGAAUCCACAAAGAAACCGAAUCAGAAAUUUUUCCAGACGGGAGCGGUCUCACCACAUGGACUAUGUAUCCUGUGGGCAAUUUCCCGAUCUAGUGCCCAACUUUCCAUUAUAUAGGAGCCAAGGUAUUUAAAUUGUCCUGCUUGCAGUCCAAGCAAAUCGAUGACCCAAACCACAUACUCAUGUUUUCGACAUGCUAACUUUUAGUCCUGUUUCUGCAGUAGCACUCCUCAAAUCCUCUAUCAUCUACUACAACAUAUCUUUGCUCUCCUUCACUAACACGACAUCAUCUGACAAUAGCAUUAGCCAAAGAGCCUUACCUUCACUGUCAGUACAUCCCUAACAAGAUUAAACAGGUAGGGACUCGGUGAAGAACCUUAAUGUAAUUCAAACUUCAUUGGAAAAUUGUCAGUGAAUCCGACAAAAAUUCUUAUCUUAGUGUACGCUCUGUUCAGCAAUUCUCUUAAUGUUAUUACACAUUUUAUCUUUGCGAUAGAUAAAUGUCAAUAUAUUACCCUGAGCUCAUGAUCUACUGCAGACAUAAGUUUCUCUGAUUUAAAAACUGUUAAGAGGUAUCGUCUGCAUUACAGAUCUUACGCGUUACUUCCAAUCUGCGAAUUUCUUCGAAAAGCAUUUCAAUAUUUUAAGACUACAGAUUUUACAACAAAAUUGACAUUUAUCAAUAAUAUAAUAGGUUUGUUCGUAGUACGAUCAGCAACCGUUGCCAACCAUCAGACGCAUGCACGUUCGUAGUCUACGGAUGCUAAUUGUUACCUGCGCAUCGCUAAAUGUUAACUGCGCAUGCGUCUGAUGGUUGGCAACAGUUGCUGAUUGUACUACGAACAAACCUAUUGACUUUUGUUGCAUAUCUCAGAUCUUAUUUUUUGUCGCCUUAGUAGUUCAUUGGGUUGUCUAGGCUCUAUUUAUAUUCAGUGUGACUCGUAUAAUAGACACUUGUAAGGAGCUUCUCACUGAUUAGAAGUUUUUCAAAGUUGGAAAAUCUUCCUUAACAUACGCAGGCAAAUGGAGUCUAUCGUAUAUAUGAGAGAUAGGAUUCUAUAGCUCGGUAAACUCUUGAUCACUAUCUUACUAUUUGUGGACAGAAAUCGUAAAAACAAUUCAGUAGAUUUUUAUUGCACUGCAAAAUGAAUUACGCAAAAAAAUUAGUUUGUUUGGCAACGUUGUUUAGCACAACAUUUGAAUUAGCCAUAACUAAACAAAACCCAAGUAGAACCACCCUGUAAAGGAGUAUACGAUUUUAAGCUCCAGUUAGGUACAUAUUAGGUCUCCUGGUUAAAAAUAUAGUUGUAGGUAUUACGAAAUUAAGUUUUAUGGGGAUACGAAAAAGAAUUGAUAGUAUUGUUAAAAUGUUUUUUAGAUGUAAAGGGUUCAAUGUAUGCAGAUUGCAAAUCGCUAUUUAACUUGCUGUUGAAGGUAUAAUCCGAUGAACUUCUUUUUCUGAUCUACAUGUUAUGAGGCUUUGUGUUUUAGUUUUAAAUAUAGCCAUAAAGACAAAAAAUAUAUAGACUUUAAGUACUUUAUUGCUUUUCAAGUAUGUCUCGCUAAGAUCGAUACUCUUUUGCAUACGUUCAAACCAAUUGGUAAAACAGUUAUUCCAGUCUUCAGUUGACAGCUGUAAAAUCGCUAUUUUAAAGGUAUCGAUGGCUUCUUGUGGCAACUGGAAUCACUUCCUACGCAUUGAAUCCUUUAUCUUUGGGAACGUGAGUAAAUCGUUGAGACUGAGGUCGAGGAUAUACGGUGGAUGGUUUAACAAUUCGAUGUUUUGAAGCUCCAAAAACUCUAUUGUCUUUUGGGCAGUGUGAGCACUUGCAUUGUCCUGAUGUAGGAUGAUUCGCCGUCGUGUACUUCUGGUAAACAAACGGUUAUAUACCAAUCAGAAAUAACCGUUCUACGAUCUUCUAAAGCAAUUGUUGCCACAUGACCAGAUUUUGACACAAAAGUUGCGACCAUUUUCUUUAAUACAUUUCGAGAACGGGUGACUUUUGUUGGUUUUUCCCCAUCGCGAAAUAACCACACAGCGAAUUGAUGUUAAGUUUCCGGUUCGUAAAUCCAAGAUUCAUCGCCACUAACAAUACAAUAAAAGUUUUUGAGCUUCCUUUGUUGAACCGUUACAAACAAUUGGUGUUUUUCGACACCAAUUGACGCAAACCGUUUUUGCUCUUUUGUGAGCAAAUGGGGGAACCUACACGACUUGUUGUAUCACAAUGAAACUAUGGAUUUAUGUCAACAAGAGUUUAAGGUUACAUUUAUGUCGGAAUGUUUUAUCAGUGGCGCCCUAUAUGCGGCUUUAUGCAAAACUAAAAAGACACACCUCGUAUCCAUCUUUCUUUAAGUCUCUAUCUCUUCCAGUGUUUUUAUAUCUCUUGAGCUACUUGAGCAUAACAUUGGCUUACUCCUAUUUUUUAAUUCCAGGUAUAUUUUAUAGUUUUAUGUGUUUAUAGUAUUUUGUCAUUGUAUGUACAGUUAUUGCUUAUUAAUGUUUCUUGAUAUCUUCACUUUCAUAAUUUGCUGUUCUUUGUCUAAGCACAAGCCUAGCAUUCUUCACUUCGUAACUCCUAUUUUUUAACAGACCAGUUUUCCUGAAAAAAUAUCCAUAUACUAGAAGUAGAAAAUGAUCAAUAUCGUACCAAAUGAUACUCAAUUAUAUUUUAGAGAAUUAAUAAAAUAUUAGUACAAAUUAAAUGGUCGAUAGGGAUCAAACGUAGGCACACUCACUGGGGGAUGAAUUUUUUUGACAAUAGUAUCAAUUCUUUUUAGAUAUUAUCAUAUGACCAUUUGGAUUUAAAAAAUUUAACAUUGUACGCUUCUUCAUGUUUGUUCUUUAGUAUAGUGUUAACGAUUUCAACCCUGCAGUUAGCUGUGGAUAAAUCAGACUACAGCUAUCCGGUUUUGAUUGUAUGUCAUAUUACAAUUUUAACGGUAACUGUAUUUUGAGUUGUACAUUUAUUUUUAAUUGGCAAUAAAUACUUUAAUAAUUGGAUCUCGA